UGAUAUGCACUGAUGUGGUCUCUCCUUCCCCUCUCUCUCUCUCUCUCUGUCUCUCUCUCUCUCUCUCACCCCAUACUUCCUUAUCUAUUGGCUCUUCCUUUGAUAGACGGAAUCCAUUCCCUUCUCCCCUUCCUCUCACAUAAACCUGCUCUCUCCACCCCAUGAUUCCUAGUAAUCUCAACCAAUCCUCUCUCCCUCUUAAAAAGAGAAACCAAGAUCAAAGUCACCUGCCAACCUCCACUCCAACAACCAAUACUUCAUACCCACGUCCAGUCUUCCUUGAAACCUCUAUAGAAGAUCAGGGAGCGAAUUGUAGAGAGCCUCACGGGCAUCAACAGCAACAACAAGAAAAGCCCAAUGAGUUCGUGCUGAUCGAUGGAUCAAGCGAUUUCCUGCAAUCGUUUUCGACCAACAACGAUGACAAGAAUGAUAGAAGGGACCAAUACGUUUGUGAUGGAUAUCAUCAUCAUGAGGAUGGGCAUGGAUCGGUCAAGUGGAUGCCUUCAAAGAUGCGGUGGAUGAGAAAGAUGCUGGCUUGGGAGCAAACUGUCACGAGUAAACCAAGAAGCAGCAUGAAAAAUCUUGAAGAAAAAAUACAGCAAAACCGAGACAGCAUCAGAAAUUUUCCUAGUGGUACCAUCAGAGUCUGCUCCAAUUGCAGUACAACAAAGACACCUCUGUGGAGGAGCGGCCCCCAGGGUCCAAAGUCCCUUUGUAAUGCCUGUGGAAUAAGGCAAAGGAAAGCAAGACAAGCAGCCAUGGUGGUGGCGGCAGCUGGUAGUGGGCUAGUUGCAAUGAAUACGCCUAGUAAGGUGCAAAAGGAGAAGAGAACAGACAGAGAGAGCACCAUUUCUAACAAGAAGCGGUGCAAGAUCAACACCACUAGAACUGCUCGGAAGAAACUUCAGAUUGAUGAUAUUAUGAUGAGUUUGAGCGAUGAUUCAGCUUUUCAUCGUGUCUUCCCGCAGGAUGAAAAGGAGGCAGCCAUCUUGUUGAUGGCUCUAUCUUGUGGCCUCAUUCAUGGUUGAGCAUUGCUUUCCUAUAUUUUUCUUUUUCCCUUUUGAAUUUUAUCCUUUGAUCUAUCUCACCUAUUUUAAAAC